AUGCUGCUUUGGGUUGUCCUGCUGAACGCGGCUCUUUGUGUUGCCAGUGGGAACGUGACAAGGGACGUGUGUAAGGAGCAGAUAUGCUCGUGCACAGAGGUCGAGGGAGACGUGCAUAUCGGCUGCGAAAAACGGAGCUUCACGACGCUGCAGCACCUCACCGGGCCCAGCUCGCAUUUUUACCACUUGCUGCUGCACGGCAACUCUCUGUCCAGGCUCUUCCCCAACGAGUUCGCCAACUUUUAUAAUGCCGUCAGCUUGCAUUUGGAGAACAAUGGACUGCACGACAUUGUGCCAGGCGCCUUUUUGGGGCUGCAGCUGGUCAAAAGACUGCACAUUAACAACAACAAGAUCCGCUCCUUCAGGAAGAGUACAUUUCUGGGAUUGGACGACUUGGAAUACCUCCAAGCUGAUUUUAAUCUAUUGAGGGAAAUUGACCCGGCUGUGUUUAGGGACCUUAAUAAACUUGAAGUGUUAAUACUUAAUGACAACCUCAUCAGCGCACUACCCAUAAACGUGUUCCAACAUGUGCCCAUUACGCAUCUCGACCUGCGGGGAAACAGAAUCAAAACGUUGCCUUAUGAAGGGAUCCUUGAGCAGAUCCCUGGCAUUGUGGAGGUUCUGCUCGAAGACAACCCGUGGGACUGUAACUGUGACCUGGUUUCCCUCAAAGAAUGGUUGGAGAAUAUACCGCCCAACGCACUCAUCGGCAGGCUGAUUUGUGAGGCUCCCACCAGGCUGCAAGGGAGCGACCUGAACGAGACCACUGAAGAAGAGCUGUGCCCUUCACAGAGCGGCUGGGCAGACACCAGUCUGGCGGCCCCUCCCACACAGGAUGAGACCUCAAGUCCUGUGGCACACGGUGGCGGCCCACGCCCAACGCCUUACAAGCCCAGCGCAGAUGCCAGCGGGCCACCAACGCCUGGCGGUCAAGGCGCCAAGAGCCGUUCCAAAUCACGUGAGAACUGGCAGCUUAAGACCAAACCCACACCAGGGCCCACAGGUGUGAGCAGGGCCACAGAGAUGCGACACAAUGCCUCUUGCCCGCAGCCGUGCAACUGCAAGCUGGUCGGCUCCCGGCAGGGUCUGGGUGUCAACUGUGAGGGUAAAAAGAUCGAGAGCCUAUCUAAUCUGAAGCCGAGGCCGCUGGCUGCCCACGAACUGAACAUGCGAGACAACAACAUCCACGCGGUGAAAAAGAACCAGCUGCUCGGAUACAUGAGCCUCAACCUUUUCGAUCUCGGUGGGAACAACAUCAAAGUGAUUGACAACAACACUUUCCAGAACCAGAGCGAGCUGAGGUGGCUGUACAUGGAUAAGAAUUAUCUGGAUUCGCUCAUGGCAGAGAUGUUCAUGGGCCUCGUCAAUCUGGAAUAUCUCAGUUUGGAAUAUAACAACAUCCAGCUGAUAGGAUCAGGCGCGUUUAGCCCUAUGCCAAACCUGAGGGUUUUGUUUCUCAAUAACAACUUGCUAAAGUCUUUGCCAGUGGAUGCGUUCCUCGGGAUUUCUUUGUCCAAAAUAAGCCUACAUAACAAUUACUUUUCCUAUCUGCCUGUGCCGGGUGUGUUGGAACAGCUCAACUCCAUCAUUCAGAUAGAUUUGCACGGGAAUCCGUGGGAUUGCUCCUGUAACAUCGUGCCCUUCAAACAGUGGACCGAGAGGCUCGGGGCUGACGUCAUCGUGAGCGAUCUCAAGUGCGAGUCACCAGAAGAGUUCUGGAAACGCGACUUCCGCUACGUGCGGAACGACCUCAUGUGUUCCAGACUCUAUGAGCGGAUGCCCCCUCCCACCUCCCUGUCCAAAAACAGCACUUUCACACUGGACUCGGGCACGGGCUCAAACUCUUACAUUGAGCCCAAUCGGGUCUCCAUUUCGGUGCUGGUCCCUGGGUUGCUGCUGGUGUUUGUCACAUCCGCUUUCACUGUUGUGGGCAUGCUCGUCUUCAUACUACGGAACCGCAAACGGUCCAAGCGGCGAGACGGGAACUCGUCCGCCUCCGAGAUCAACUCCCUGCAGACGGUUUGCGACUCAUCAUAUUGGCACAAUGGGCCUUACCACGCAGACGCAGGUGGGCACCGGGGCUUUGACUGUACAACGCACCUCUCGGUGACAAAUGAUGCGUAA